CGGUCUCAUAUAGGUGAUGCACCAUCUCAUGUGCAGUAGAGCAAGCAGAAUGUCAUGAGUUAGUUAAGAAACAGCAUUAUAUCAAAUUUAACACUGACAUCCGAAAUGAAUGGGAGGCUUAUGUUAUAAGUUACCAACACUACCGGAGGGAAAAGAGUGGCCUGUAUAGUCUAGGGGACACAGAUGAGUUGAUUUGACACAAGAGAAAUGGACAUGAUGUUAUAAUCACAAGGUUAGACUGAUGUCAGGAUAAACAAUGCUGCUUGGAGUGAGGUUCAACAUCCUUCGUGGGCGUGUCAGACACUGUUGGUGUUUAUCACCUCCAGCACGGAGUGGACAGAGGAAAAGAAACUACAGUUUCCUUCAAGAUGAUGUUAAGUCACCUCGAGCCGUGGUCAACCCGGACAUCUCAAAAAUCCGGAACAUCGGCAUCAUGGCCCACAUCGAUGCCGGGAAGACCACCACCACUGAGAGGAUGCUCUAUUAUUCUGGCUACACACGUGCUCUUGGAGACGUGGAUGAUGGAGACACUGUGACUGAUUACAUGGCUCAGGAGAGAGAGCGUGGAAUUACGAUCCAAUCAGCUGCAGUCACCUUCGACUGGAAAGAGCACAGGAUUAACCUCAUUGACACACCCGGCCAUGUGGACUUUACUCUGGAAGUUGAGAGAGCUCUGCGUGUACUGGACGGAGCAGUGGCUGUGUUUGAUGCCUCAGCAGGAGUGGAGGCGCAAACUAUGACAGUGUGGCGACAGGCAGAGAAGCACAACAUACCCUGUGUGUGCUUCCUAAACAAGAUGGAUAAACCUGGAGCCAGCAUGACUUACUCUGUAGAAAGCAUCAAGACGAAACUGAAGGCCAACCCCAUACUCCUUCAACUUCCUGUUGGCUCUGGAAAGGGAUUUAUUGGAUUGGUGGAUUUGAUCACCAAGCAGCAAAUGACCUGGCGGGGAACGUCAUGGGCUGAUGACGGGCGGGCUUUUGAGACGAAAGCCCUCCAACCCACAGAUGACCCAGAAUUCCUAGAGGAAGUCAAUCAAGCCAGAGCAACCCUCAUAGAACAGGUUGCAGAUUUGGAUGACGAAUUUGCUGAGCUGCUUCUUGGAGAAUAUGGUGACAACUUUGACUCAAUGCCUGCCGGGAAAUUGCAGGAGGCGGUGAGGAGAGUGACGCUGUCUCGUAAAGGGGUGCCAGUACUGUGCGGAAGUUCACUGAAGAAUAAAGGAGUUCAGCCUCUACUAGACGCCAUCACAGCGUACCUCCCUGCUCCCGACGAAAGGAACCACGACCUGGUGCGCUGGUACAAGGACGACUUGUGUGCUUUGGCGUUCAAAGUGGUCCAUGAUAAGCAGAGAGGUCCUCUGGUUUUCCUGAGAAUCUAUUCUGGCUCUAUGAAACCGCAGUCAGCAGUGUACAACAUCAACCGAAACGGAACAGAAAGAAUGAGUCGUCUCCUGCUGCCGUUUGCAGAUCAGCACGUUGAAAUCCCCUCAGUGUCUGCAGGGAACAUCGCCCUCACUGUGGGACUCAAACAGACGGUUACGGGUGACACCAUUGUCUCAUCCAAAGCCUCAGCAGCGGCCGCAGCUCGCCGAGCACACAACAAGGCGGAGGAGAAGAAAGCGUCUAGCCGACAGCCGCAGAACAGUCUACUCCUGGCCGGGGUUGAGGUGCCUGAGCCCGUCUUCUUCUGCUCUAUAGAGCCUCCUACAAUGGCCAAACAAGCAGAUCUUGAGCAUGCUCUGAACUGCCUCCAGAGGGAAGACCCCAGUCUGAAAGUCAGAUCAGACCCCGACUCUGGACAGACAGUUCUGUGUGGUAUGGGAGAGCUUCACAUCGAGAUUCUGCACGAUCGCAUUAGGAGAGAAUACAAACUGGAAACACACUUGGGGCCUCUACAGGUUGCCUACAGAGAGACCAUCAACCAGUCAGUAACCACAGCAGACACUCUGGAUCGCACGCUGGGUGAAAAGAGGCAUGUUGUGACUGUAGAGCUAACCGUGAGUCCCUGGGAAGCCUCUGUUCCAGGCACGUCGUCAUGUCAUAUGACUUACGAUGAGGAAGUAGAAGCUCAUAUCUCUGCUGACCUUAAAGAGGCAGUGGACAGUGGAGUUCAGAGUGCAUAUCUCCAAGGUCCUGUGCUGGGUUACCCUGUGCAGGGGGUACACACUGUGAUCCACAGUGUGUGUGUGGAACCUGGUACCUCUCUGGCCAUGGUGUCAGCCUGUGUGUCUCGCUGCAUGCUUAAGGGGCUGAAACAGGCAGAGGGGCAAGUCUUGGAGCCUGUGAUGUCAUUAGAGGUGACAGUGGAGGAGGAGUACCUGAGCUCUGUGCUCGGUGACCUCGCUCAGCGCAGAGGAACAGUCCAAGACAUCCAGAGCCGCCAUGACAGCAAAGUACUCUUGGCCAUUGUACCCCUUGCUGAGAUGAUGGGCUAUUCCACUGCACUACGCACUUUGACCUCAGGAAAUGCCACCUUCUCACUUGAGCUGGCCAGCUACGAAUCCAUGAACCCUCAGGACCAGAACGCGUUGCUCAACAAAAUGGCUGGCCUGGCAUGAGAUCACUUCCUUUUUUCUUUUGCACAUUUGCAAAAAACAUUUUAAACAGCUGUUAAUGCAUUUU